AACGCGACGACAGGUCAAUUCCUGUGCAACCGACUAUGCAUAUUCUACUAGGCGUAGUGCUCUCACUCGUCGUGUAUUGUGCCGCACGAGCGACACAGUCCGAGAAAACAUGCCACCUGAGACCACUAGGCCAUGGAAGAGACGACACAGACCAAGUCGAAACUGCCAUAGCGAGAUGUGGGCGAUUCGGACACACAGUCUUCGCGGAAGGGCAAUACAACAUCACCCGCAAAAUGACGUGGAGCCUAACUGAAUCCAAGGUUGACCUGCAUGGCUACCUGAACUUCAAACCGGACGUAGAAUAUUGGUUGAAUGCAAACAACACAUACCGUGUUGUAUUCAUCCAGAGCCAAGCCUCCUGGUUCGUCAUUACAGGCAAUGAUUUCACCAUCGACGCUCAUAACACCGGCGGAAUAAAUGGAAAUGGCCAAACGUGGUGGUCCUUCUAUGGCAACCGCUCCCGGUCAGAUGGAGACGGACGGCCUAUAUCAUUCACCUUGUCUAAUGUCACUCGAGGUAUAGUGAAGAAUUUCAGGAUCAAGAGUCCACCAUUUUGGUGCAAUACGGUCGCGCAAUCGAAGGACGUGGUGUAUGAUGGUAUGUAUUGCAAUGCCACCAAUACAGAUCCUUUAUAUGUGGGUCAAAAUAUCGUCCCUAACACCGAUGGCAUCGACACAUACCGUUCGGACAACGUAUCACUCUUGAAUUGGGACAUAACGUGUGGAGAUGACUGCUUAGCCAUCAAAGGAAAUUCCACGAACAUUGUGGCCAAGAAUAUCACUUGUCGAGGUGGAAAUGGAAUCGCGGUAGGGUCUCUAGGGCAAUAUAUUGAUCUGCCAGAUAUCGUGGACCACGUCCUCUUCGACAAUGUCAAGCUGAUUCGCCUUGAUCCUGAUGUGCAACCUAAUUUACAAUCAGGAGUGUACUUCAAAACCUGGACGGGUACUGUUAACGGCGCCCCACCGACAGGAGGUGGGGGUGGAGUAGGUUACGUAUCAAACGUUGAAUCUCGGAACUUCCAUUUCGAUCCUGUGAACGCUCCGAUUCACUUGUACCAAACUAAUGGAGGCCAUUCGUCUGAUGCACCAUCGCAGCUGCAAUUCAGUAAUUUAACCUUUAGUACCUUUACGGGAUCGUCACUUGCCAACAAAAUUGUAGAUCUUGAAUGUAGCCCGGCGGCCCCGUGUCCGAAUAUACUAUUUCAGGAUAUCAGCGUUGCUCCACCGAGUGGACAGGGCGAAAGCUUCGUCUGUAUCAACGUCGUGAAUGAGAGCGGUCUCCCAGGACCGUGCAAUGCGACAGGGAAGGCUUAGUCGAGUUAGUGGGCUUUGGAAAGAUGUGAUUUUCCAGGGCGAUGUAUGGCUAUGUUCACGCAUCUGUCGCUGUCGGAUAAGACGUGAUACGCAAUUAAAAAAACAACUUUGUUGCGA